AUGGAGAUCACUUUUACUGUAGUUGUUGUUUUGCUUACAUUUACGAUGUCAAUUAGCAGAACAGAUGGAAUCUGCGUCCACAAGUGGAAAAACGGUCGUUUCGUAUCCGAAGGUUUUUGUGAAGAUCCUGAUGAAGAAGAAAUAAUUAGUCACCUAAAACUAAGAGCUGCAUCUGCUAAGAGAAGAGAUAAAGGUUCGUAUUGUGAUAAGUUAUUUCAAAGAGAUGCAAAAAUAUGGAAUGGAACUGGCGGGGUUUUCGAGGGUGAUGACAUCUUUGGGAAAAAAGAUGUUUAUUGUGACCAAACCACUGAUGGAGGAGGAUGGCUGGUGUUUCAACGUCGAAUGAAUGGCUUAGUCAAUUUCUAUCGUGAUUGGAAUGAUUACGUAAAUGGAUUCGGGGAAACGCCGAGUGAGCAUUGGCUUGGUCUCGAAACUUUGCAUCAAUUAACUUCUUCCAACAGCUACGAACUAUUGAUUGACAUGGAGGAUUGGGAAGGAAAUAAACGCUACGCAAGAUAUUCGAACUUUCGAGUAGCAAAUGCGGCAUCAUAUUAUACUCUCUACGUAAGUGGAUACUCGGGGAAUGCUGGUGAUUCAUUUUGUCGACACAAUGGAUCCAAUUUCACUACGAAAGAUAGAGAUUACGAUGACCACGUUGGCAAUUGUGCAGUGUUGUAUAAAGGAGCCUGGUGGUACAGUGCGUGCCAUUCUUCCAACCUCAACGGCCAUUACUUCGUAGGAGGAAAUCAUGAUUCUUACGCUGAUGGUGUGGAAUGGAGUGCUUGGAAAGGCCAUUAUUAUUCACUUAAAUUCAUAGAAAUGAAAAUAAGAAUAAAAAUUUAGUUUUACUGCAAAAUACGCUUUUAUAUUACGUCUAUUACCAUAAUAUGUUGUUGGUAAAGUGACUAGCUAUAGCUGUCACAUUGUUUAAUGAUAUAAACUAAAUACAAAAAAGUUGUGGAAUAUUUGAGGGAAAAGUUUGAAGUUUCAGAUAUAUUUUUCCUACUACAGUUUUUAAAUGGCCUAUUUUAAAAAGUAGUGUAUAUUCUAGUUUAAAUAAAAUAAAACAUUCCAAUACAUGGGUCAUCGUGUUUCAAAAUAUAUUUUUCAUGCUAUGCAUUGUACUAGUCGAGUUUAUCGAACAUUGAAAUAAAUAUCAUUGCUGUAAUUGUUAUGUAACGUUAUGCAUUGAAUCAAUAACAUCUCCGGAUAAUUUAACUUUCAAAGAUGUGAAUUUAUUUCAGAAUUUAUAUACCUGCUUCUGAGGAUUUACCAAUUAAAAGGAUUGUUCAUUGUAAACAUGUUUCAACCUUAAAAUGUUCGAAUUAUAUGCGUUGUAUUGAA